CGUUGCUCCUGCUCGCAGGCUGGCGGGGAACCGUGUGUCGGGGGCAGGAAACAAACCAAGAGCUGGAAGUGUAGCAGGUUUGUCAAGAGGACAGGAUGUAAACUUCCGCUCAAAGCUUUGAGCUGAACCGUGCUGCAGUGUCAUAGAGUUUAGCACCAGAGGCCUGGCUGUCUUUAUUUCUGUAACCCACAUCUACCGUUCGGGUUAGCUGACCGCUCCAACACGGCAGAUAGCGUCCAUAGCAGGAGAAGAACGGUCAAAUAAGAUGCGGUCCUACGGACAUCACACAGCAUUGCUGCCCUUGCGGCGAGGCUGGAAGCAGGCAUCUCACCUCUUUUUUGCCAGACAAACAUGGAAUUCCAGUCCGGUGAGGCCACCCUCUCUGCCCAAAAGGCUUCUCAUCUUCCUCGCACAACAUUUUCACGACGUUCAGGAGCUCCUCAUUUGGACUUCUAAGUUUAAGAGCAGCCAAUUAAGAAAGAAGAAUGCUUAUUAUGGUUACACUCAGAGGUAUUAUGGAGACGUGAUAGCAUCAGCCUACUAUGUCUUGAGCCUGAAGGGAGGAUUUAGGUAUGCUGGCCAGUCGGAGUGGUUUCACACAGACAAGAGGGGCAAGUUCAACUGGGACUUCCUGAACCACAAAGACUUGCCCCUAGAGGAAGUAGACAUGAGCCACACAAUCAUCAACCACAUUGGGCUGGAUAACCUGGUUGGGCAGCCAUUUUUGCGUACUCUGUCAGUACGGGGAUGUUCUGAGGUAGACGACUGGUUCCUUGCUAGACUCCAUGAGUUCCAGGACACCUUGGAGGAACUGGACAUAUCGCAUUGUCCCCGCAUCACCAUUGGCGGGCUGGCCGCGCUAAGAAAUCUCAAGAAACUGCGCCAUCUAGAUGUGUCGUCCCUCCCAAGGAUUGCAAAUCCUGGACUGGUCAUCAUCCUGUUGGAAGAAAUGCUUCCACACUGCCAAAUCGCUGCAAAUGGCUAUGACCACAGCCUAACACAAGAGGGAUGAGAGGGGCAGAGGUAGUGUACAGAGAGAAGCAUGGAUGGAAAUCAAGAGAAGCAAGCAUAUAUCGCACAGAGCUCUACUGUCAGAUCAACUGCUACUGAAUCAGCUUUGACUUGGGAGAGAGUCAUGUCAAUUUUAUUUGUACAGCCCAAUAUCACUAAUUACAAAUGUUCCUCAAGGGACUUUACAGCAACACAACAUCCUGUCCGUAGACCCUCGCAUCGGAUAAGGAACAACUCCAUAAAAAAGAGAAUGGUGAUGAAGCCAGCUGAUGUGAAGAGGAAACUGAUCAAACAGAAAAAGGAAAUGUAGACUUAAAAGGUAAAGGUUGUAGACUGGGCAUGGGCUUGUUAACAAUUCAGGGUUGGUGGUGGGAGGACAUGUCCUCAAAUAUUUUAGCAUUCCUGCUGGUACAUCCACAUUCUAGACCCAAAGUAGGACCUCAACACUGGGUUAAAACUGGAAGUUUGCUACAGUCAACCACAACUAAGGGACAUUGAGGAAAAAAAGAGUGUGACUUUUAAAGCAGAGAAACGUGUACAAAAAGUUAAGUAUUUCACAACUGUAAACACUGAAAGGAAUUCAUACUCACUUUACGUUCUGUACAGUGUAAAGUUCUAUUAAGUACAUGGCUCUAAAUAGGUUAGUUAAUCACCAAGUGAUAGACUCAAUCUUGCUCUAAUGUGAAUAUAAUUGUAUUUGAAAUUUUGUUGAAUAAAGGUUGCAUAAUUUAAAAUGUGCAAUUAUG